AGCCACCCGCGCGCCCGGUCGGGGUGAUCGGGCGGCGCCCAGCAGAGGUGGUGAGAGAAGAGCUCCCGGAUGUGGAGAAGCUGGGGAGAAGGCGUGGGAGGAAGAUGGACCCCGUGGAGAAGGGGGCCGCCACCUCCGUCUCCAACCCGCGGGGACGGCCGUCGCGGGGCCGGCCACCGAAGCUGCAGCGCAACUCCCGCGGCGGCCAGGGCCGAGGGGUGGAGAAGCCCCCGCAUUUGGCGGCUCUGAUCCUGGCCCGGGGCGGCAGCAAGGGCAUCCCCCUGAAGAACAUUAAGCACCUGGCGGGGGUCCCGCUUAUUGGCUGGGUCCUGCGUGCAGCCCUGGACUCGGGGGUCUUCCAGAGCGUGUGGGUUUCAACAGACCAUGAUGAAAUUGAAAACGUGGCCAAACAAUUUGGUGCACAAGUUCAUCGACGAAGCUCAGAAGUUUCAAAAGACAGCUCUACCUCAUUAGAUGCCAUCAUAGAAUUUCUUAAUUAUCACAAUGAGGUUGACAUUGUAGGAAAUAUUCAAGCAACUUCUCCAUGUUUACAUCCUUCUGACCUUCAGAAAGUUGCAGAAAUGAUUCGAGAAGAAGGAUAUGAUUCUGUUUUCUCCGUUGUGAGACGCCAUCAAUUUCGGUGGAGUGAAAUUCAGAAAGGAGUUCGUGAAGUGACUGAGCCUCUGAAUUUGAAUCCAGCUAAACGACCUCGUCGACAAGACUGGGAUGGAGAAUUAUAUGAAAAUGGCUCAUUUUAUUUUGCUAAAAGACAUUUGAUAGAGAUGGGUUACUUACAGGGUGGAAAAAUGGCAUACUACGAAAUGCGAGCUGAGCACAGUGUGGAUAUAGAUGUGGACAUUGACUGGCCUAUCGCCGAACAGAGAGUAUUAAGAUAUGGCUAUUUUGGCAAAGAGAAGUUUAAGGAGAUAAAACUUCUGGUUUGCAGUAUUGAUGGAUGCCUCACCAAUGGUCACAUUUAUGUCUCAGGAGACCAAAAAGAAAUAAUAUCUUAUGAUGUAAAAGAUGCUAUUGGGAUAAGUUUAUUAAAGAAAAGUGGUGUUGAGGUGAGGUUAAUCUCCGAAAGGGCCUGUUCAAAGCAGACACUCUCUUCCUUAAAACUGGACUGCAAAAUGGAAGUCAAUGUACCGGACAAGCUAGCAAUUGUAGAUGAAUGGAGAAAAGAAAUGGGCCUGUGCUGGAAAGAAGUGGCAUAUCUUGGCAAUGAAGUAUCUGAUGAGGAGUGCCUCAAGAAAGUAGGCGUCAGUGGAGUGCCUGCUGAUGCCUGCUCUACUGCCCAGAAGGCCGUCGGUUAUAUUUGCAAAUCUAAUGGUGGCCGUGGUGCUCUCCGAGAGUUUGCAGAGCACAUUUUCCUGUUGAUGGAAAAGGUUACCAACUCAUGCCAAAAAUAGAAAUUAGUCGAAUUUUGGGAAAGAAAGUAUACAGCCUGUGUCAGCUGCUUUACUGUUGUUUUUGAUUAAGUUCAAUUCCAUGUUGUAACGUGACAGAGUGUGAUUUGAUUUGUGAUAGAUCUUGAAAUCUUUUAAUGCAAAAUCUCUCAAAAUUGUCACUCCACACCUCCUAUGAAAUGAUUGUGCUUGACUUUCUCUUUCUGCAAGAUGAUUAUUUAAAGAUUGAUUACAGUCAUCCUCAGAUUUUUAGCAAAUGCAAAUAAGAGCAUCAAAAUUAACUUUGUAUUGUACCCUGUAAAACUGUGUGUCUGUGUGCUUUCAAUGAUGCUGAAAUUUUAUUUAUUUCAGGACAAUAUGUCUGAGAGGACAGACCCUUCUAUUAAUAAAAGAACAUUUCACAAACUUGAUGAAACUGCCCUGUUCCUAUGACUGAUCAGAUAUUCUUGGUUUCCUUCAAACACUGGCCAUGCUAUCAAUGUGAAAAAACAAGCUAUUAAAUAUCAGCAUAAGGCUUC